AGGAGGGACUCUGCACUUGGGUUGCUUUUUGUGUAAUGCAUCCGUGAUUUGGCCUGGGAGGAAAGGAAAAAAUGAUGUGUGAGGACCCACAGAUAGGGGAGUUGUGUUAUUUUUGUCUUUUUGACUGUUUCAGGGAUCCAGAGUAGUGCUAGCAAGAACAUCUUGAGCCUUACUGCUUUGCUUUUUCCUGAUAUUUCUUCCACGUGCCACCACUAGAAAGGGCUUGGAGAUUUUUGCUUUUGUGACUAAUUUGAGAGGCUGGCUUGAGUAGUCUUCUUCAUGAAUAUUUUCCCUGACUUUUUGUUGAUAUACUUGCAGAGCUUCUGGAAGUGAAAGCUCAAAUGCUGUGGGUAGCCAUGGUAAAAUAAGAAAAAAUAGCUUUCUGGAAUUAGUUUAAAUUAGCAGGUUGCUGCAAUUGCUGCCACGUGCAAAUGAAAGUAAUAUAUGGACGUUUUUUGGCAAUUUGCAGUACUUAGAAGUAUUUAAUAUUCAAUUGGGGGUUUUUGUACUUUGUCUUUUUGUUAAAGACCAAGGACUAUAAAACUGCAGCCUCACUUUUAUUACAGAGUGGGAAAUGGUCAUCUAACAGCUUUUCUACACUAAGAAAUUUGUGAAAAACUUAACCUGAAUUUGCAUAGAGCAAGAGUAUAAAAAAGUUACUGAGAUACAUAAAAAUUAUGCAUGAACACUGCCAUGGAAAGCAUGGUUAAAUUUGAAUGUGUGCCUUAGGGCUGUAGCACAUCAGUCCCUUCACUAUAGGCUGAUUACAUUCUGAGGUGCUUCCCUGCAAAAGGAUAUGAAUUCACUUGUUGCUUUUAUUCUACCAAAAACAAAAAACAACCAAAAACCAAAAAUGUGCAGAUUUGUUUCAUAUGUUGAUGGCACACUUAGUAGUUCGAUCAUGUGGUUUUUGGGGGAAUUUGUGAAAACAAAGAGGACAGUGAAGUGUAGGACAGGGUAGUGAAUCUGCUGUUAAAUAUCCCAAAACACUCUGUCUUAGUGAAGUUGACACAUUAAUUUUUAUUAUGAGAAUGAAGGUAAUUCAGUGUGGAGCAAGACUUUUCACAGUUACUGCUCAAAUUGUUAAACGAGCCUCAGUUUUAAGUGCUGUCAGAAAAUUUGCUUUCAUGUGUUACAUGGAAUGCUAACAUGAGAUUCUUACAAUGCAAAGUUUAAAGCACCAGAGGCUGGGGAAAGCAGCAUUUAUCUGGUUUGCUUAUUCAGCCAUGUGAAAGCUAUAUUAGGCACGUAAACUUUCUGCACUACACUGCGGCUUCAAAAAAGCAACAAGUUAAAUCUGGGUCCUUUGAAGUAGUGAAUGGUAACAUUCUGUUCUCCAGAAGUGAUGACUUCAAAUGAUCACAGCAUAACUCAAAAAACUGUUGUGGCUGAGGAAAACAAGACAAUUCUCCCCAGAUAAAUCUUAUUUCAGAGUAUCACUGUUGCAUGAAACAUGGGUUUUGUUGGAGCCAGCAAGCUUCAGUUAUGUAGAAAGGUAGAGAGUCUUUAAAAAGGACACAGAUCUUCUUUAUCUGUAAAUGAUCUCAGGAAACAUCUUCCUGUUGCAGAAAAGCAGUCUGUGGCGUCAGAUCAGUUUACAUACAGCAGGCACUACCGUCCUGCCCUGAUUAUUGUAAUCUCUGUUGUUAAUUAGAUGCUGAGAUUAAGAGCUGUUGUGCUGCUCAGUGCCCUCGAUGUGUUCCCUGUCAGUUCUGGCCGCUCCCGUGUCCCUGCUGAAACAUCACCUGGUAAAGGAAGAUGCUCUGAAAAGAUCUAAGCACAGUUUACUUUACAGACACAGAGAGGAAAAAUACAUCAAAAUCCCCUUCUUGAGACUCUUUCAGGAAGUUAAAAUAGGUAUUGACAAAUACAUGGCAAGAAAUUAGGCAUUGCAGUAGGCUGGUGUUCUCUGUGCUUUUUACUUAGCUGUUGAUUUAAUUUAACAAUAUGGAGAUCUUACCCCAAAGUCACUUUUAACUCAUUAGCUCCCAGUUCACAGCUGGGGUCCAUUCUAGCUCCCUAAUGUAUCACAUCAAAUGUUAAAUUCAUACUGUUGGAUUUCCCAUGGAUUUUGUUCUGUUCCUGGGGCUGCAGUUCUCAGUCAUUUGUUUUUGUGUGUUGUGCUGAUGAUACACCUUAACCUUUUGAUCAGCAUUUUCUGAGCCAGUGUCUUGGAGAUCUUUGCUGAAAUAAGUUCUUGCAUCACUUCAGAGGUGAAUUCUUUAUUCUAUUAUUCCAAGUACAUGAAUUUCUUUCAGCUGUUUCUUUACCUUCAGUUUGUCUGUUCAUCUCUGUGUUUUCACUAACAGCUCUAUUUGUCAUGUUAGUCAAACAUUUAAUGAAGUUCUCAUCAUAGCUGGCAUUUGCUCUUUUUCUGAAAAAUACAUUAUUGAUUCAGUUUGAGACACUUUAACUUUAGUAAACACAGGUGGUAUCCCAAUUUCUGUUUGUUUUCUCAUUAUUCAUUCUUUUUUCUUCAGUUUGUUUUCUUUUGGCUGGAUUUCUGCACUUGUACACAAACACCUGCAAUCACAUAUCUUUGAGAGAUGAAAACAUCUCUAUAUUUUUUAUUAAUCAGACCUUGUACACUAAAUAUUUGAGAGACAAAAUUAUCAUAGUGCUAAUGUUGCCAAGUUUAUUUGCAGGUGUGCACCACAAAAUGAGACAAUCUUUGAACAGUCCUGCCUCUUGUCCUGGUACACUGACACCUUUUCCCUGAGAAUUAAAGUAUCACUGUGUAAUCACAGCAGUGUCUAAUGGAAACACUUUUAGACUGGCUUCUAAUGAAAGGAGUGGUAACAUGUUUUACACACCUACAACAUGACAUUUAAUCUGCAAGUUUUAUCUGGGCCAGGAGUUGUAGCUAUGCUUUAAUCUUGCUGCAUUAAUCCAGCACACUCAGUGCCUACGUUCAGAGCUCCAGGUCGGCUCUCAGUGAUUCCCAAGCGUUUGGAUUACAAACUGCUGCCAGCUCGCAGCUUUUGCCAUCAGUCAGGAGGCUCUGUGCUCAGCCACGGCCAUUUACAGAGCUGUGCAGAUGAGUUUCCAUUGCCCUGAAGCCAAUGGGAGCAUUUAGCAAUUGAAACUUCACUGUGGACACCUUCAAUUCCAGCCCUGUGACAUUUCUGCAGUUAAUAAUGUCCCAAUUUAUCUGUGUAUUGGUUUCCCACUCUAGACCUGCUUCAUGGCAGCUGGGAGUCCAUCAGCUGCAGAGACCACAGCUCUCAUUUUCCUGAGACAUAAUGAGACGUAACUGAUGUGCAAUUCUUGCCACAAGAAUUAAAAAGGGAGGAUUGAAGUAGAAUUAAACUCUCCUGCCAAUUUGAGAUCAGACAGGAGAAAGUCUUGCAGGCCCCUUCCUGUAGGCCAUAUAUAAAGGUUGAUAAGGGACAUGAUUUCAUGAGGAAAUGACAAGCCAGAGCUGCAUGAGAGUCUGCUUCAAGUAUGUGGCUACUGGUGAAGUUAAUGAAUGUACCCUUGGAAUCUGUAAUUAUUACAGUCAGGCAGACAAGUGCUUAAUUCUGCCAGAUGGGAGAGCUCCACUCUGAGUUCCAGGACAUGCCUGGGGGUUUCACUCUGCAAAAUCACUCUGGAAGAUGCAUCAGCCCAAAUAGGAUACCUUUGAUCUGUCAUAUGUGGGAAGAACGUUAAGAGAACCGUCUAAAAAUGGGUGUUAAAACAUUCACUCAUAACUCCCCUGCUCACAGUCAGGAGAUGCUGGGGAAGCUGAACAUGCUCCGGAAUGACGGCCACUUCUGCGACAUCACCAUCCGCGUCCAGGACAAGAUCUUCAGGGCACACAAGGUGGUUCUGGCAGCCUGCAGCGACUUCUUCCGCUCCAAACUCGUUGGCCAAGCAGAGGACGAGAGCAAGAGCGUGUUGGACCUGCACCACGUGACGGUGACGGGGUUCAUCCCUCUGCUGGAGUACGCGUACACAGCGACGCUGUCCAUUAACACCGAGAACAUCAUCGACGUGCUCGCCGCCGCCAGCUACAUGCAGAUGUUCAGCGUGGCCAGCACGUGCUCGGAAUUCAUGAAGUCCAGCAUUUUAUGGAAUACACCCAACAGCCAGCAGGAGAAGGUGCUGGAUGCAGGACAGGAGAACAGUGCAAACUGCAAUUUCACCUCCCGGGACGGCAGCCUGUCUCCCGUCUCCUCCGAGUGCAGCGUGGUGGAGAGAACCAUUCCCGUUUGCCGGGAGUCUCGGAGAAAGCGCAAGAGCUAUAUCGUCAUGUCUCCUGAGAGCCCCCUCAAGUGUAACACACAAACCAGCUCCCCACAAGUGCUCAAUCCUUCAACUUCCUACCCAGAGUCCAGAAAUCAGCCCGUGGACUCGUCCUUAGCUUUUCCCUGGACUUUUCCUUUUGGAAUUGAUCGAAGACUUCAGUCAGAAAAGGUGAAGCAGGCGGAGAACUCUAGGACUUUGGAAAUGCCUGGACCCUCCGAGUCCACCAGGAGGAUGGGGGAUUAUGUGACUUGUGAGAGCACCAAAGCCAGUUCUCCCCUGGUGAUCGAGGAGGACGUGCGUGUCAAGGUGGAACGGCUGAGUGACGAGGAGGUUCACGAGGAGGUGUCGCAGCCUGUGAGCGCAUCCCAGAGCUCCCUCAGUGACCAGCAGACGGUCCCAGGGAGCGAGCAAGUGCAGGAGGAUCUCCUGAUCAGCCCUCAGUCUUCAUCUAUAGGCUCAAUAGAUGAGGGGGUUACAGAGGGAUUGCCCACACUCCAAAGCACCUCUGGCACUAACGCUCAUGCAGACGAUGAUGAUCGUCUGGAGAACGUUCAGUAUCCCUACCAACUCUACAUUGCUCCUUCCACCAGCAGCACAGAGAGGCCCAGCCCAAACGGUCCCGACAGACCCUUUCAGUGUCCCACGUGCGGGGUGCGCUUCACUCGCAUUCAGAACCUAAAACAACACAUGCUUAUCCACUCAGGCAUUAAACCCUUUCAGUGUGACCGCUGUGGGAAAAAGUUCACCCGAGCUUACUCGCUCAAGAUGCAUCGCCUGAAGCACGAAGGUAAACGCUGUUUCCGGUGCCAGAUAUGUAGUGCCACUUUCACUUCCUUCGGGGAAUAUAAACACCACAUGCGGGUUUCCCGGCACAUUAUCCGCAAGCCUCGGAUUUACGAGUGCAAAACAUGCGGCGCCAUGUUCACCAACUCUGGAAAUUUAAUCGUUCACCUGAGGAGCUUGAACCAUGAAGCAUCAGAGCUAGCAAACUACUUCCAGAGCAGUGACUUCCUAGUACCGGACUACUUAAACCAGGAACAAGAGGAGACCCUCGGGCAGUAUGAGCUAGGGGAGCAUGGCUUUGAAAGCAACUCUUCUGUCCAAAUGCCUGUCAUUUCACAGGUGUCGUCAACUCAGAAUUGUGAAAGCACUUUCCCCUUGGGGUCUCUGGGUGGGUUGGCAGAGAAGGAAGAAGAUGUGCCAGAGCAGCCAAAGACUAACGCCACUGCUGAGGCAGCCGCGGGUGACCCUCCAAAACCGGAGCUGUCAUCUAUUACUAUCGAAUAAUUCAUGGUUUGGUUUCAUUUUUGUUCUUUGGAAAGUGCCUGUGUUUGGUCCUGUACAUUUUAAUUUAAUUUUUUUAAACAAAAAGUGGGGAGAUUUUCCCCUUUUUACUUUGUAAGCUACGCUUUAAACUGAGAACUGCGACAGAUGUUACAUUAUUUUUCAUGACUGAAUGAUCACUUCUGUGAAAAUAUUUAAGACUGAUUGCACAAAAAAAGAUCUUGUCAGAACAUCAUGGAAGCUGUGAUAUACUUCUAAAGAAGAACAACUGAUUCAGAUCACUUUAACUAUUCCUUCUUCCACAGUUAGAACAGCUCAUUAAGUUUCUCUUGCUUCUGCAGGCCCUCUGGUUAAGGGAAAGAAAUCAGAGGAAACCUUUUUUAAAUGAUAAACAAAGGGAUGCAUUGGAAACCAUGAUUGAACAGUUUUGACUAGUUUUGAGUGGAUGCUUUAAUCUUCUGCAUAAAGAAGUGACACUUCCUAUAUGUGCCUGCUGUUUUUCAAAGCCCUUACUGUGCCCUGUGCUUGGAAAUGGUGAGAGGUUUUGAAAGGAACAGUCACACACUUCUUCAAAACACACAAUCCCUGUCCAGCCCAGAUGAAUGCCAGGUAUUCCUACUUCUUCUAUUCCAGUCCUUUUAGAAACUGCUUGAUCAAAUAGCCUAAACAGAUCUGCCCAGCUGAGGUGAGGCCUGGAAAGUCUAAAGGUGCACCAGGAAUUGGGAACGAUGGAAAAGUGUUUGGCCAUGCAAGCCUGACAAAUAUCUCCUGACUGUAUCUGUCUGUAGAUGGGGAACCACAAAGGAAAAUGAACAUUUUCCCAAACUGAAAUUCUUAAACCACAGCCAGAUUAUUUGCAGUUCUGAUCAUUGCCCCCUCACGUACACACUGUAUUUUUACUAAGCUGAGAGCUAGCUAGAGGGAGUUUACAGACCGGAAAAAAAUAAGCUCUUUUGUGCAUUAUUGCACAUUUUUUUUGUUUAUACAUAUGUAUGUAUAGUUUCAGAGAUUUUUAUUAGCCUGUUUUGGACAAAACAAGCAAUUUAUUCUCUCUAAGGACAACUUUCUAACCAACAGGGGGGUUGUUUACAAAAAGCCUAUAGAGCAAUGAUGAAUUGUUCCUGUUUCAAAACACUUUAAAUCCUUGCCAGCUCGGUUUAUUAAAGGCCAUUACUCCAGCUACACACACAGCUCAAGCAAGCAAUAAACUGAAAAUAUUUGCAAUUUUGUUUUUCCAUAUUUAGAAAAAGCUACAAAUGGAGAGUGUGGGAUUUUCAGAGCAGUGAGUCUUGUUUGGUCAGGGCUCUUUGGGCUCAAGUACUGCUUUGAAACCUAAAUUAGGAAGUACAUUAGGAGAUUUGUGAUUUUUCUUACAGCUUCUGAAGUUAACUCAGUGUUUGAUGCCAAAUACCCACAGCCUACAGAUGAUGUGCUGAGUGAGUAGGUAUUGCUUGAUCUCAGUAUUCCAAAGGCAUUAUAUACUCCCUUACUUUUGGGUCUUGUUUUUUGUAAAUUGUUGUUUUCUGGCCGGAUUUGUUUUAUGCAAACAUGAGGAGGAAAUGGAACCAAUAGAGAAAGUUGCUCCUGAAGAAACAGAAGACACAAAAGUCGUAUUAUAUUGCACAUCAAUUUGUAUUCAGUCAGCCUAGGCAGCUCUAAUACUCUCUGGGUCUGAGUUCUUUCUAUUAAUAGCCAUCUUUUGUAAGGAAAAAAGUUUCUUGACCUUUGGAAAGAGUUUAAAGGGUUUCAGUGACUUUAGCAAUUUUUCUCCUUUCAGGUAAAACCCACAUAUUUUAGUUAAAUAGAGGGAAAACAGUUGGGAUUGAAGUACUUUCCAAGUUGCUGGAAUGAGGUUUCUCCACCAGACCCAAAGGGUAUUUUAGAAACCUGCUGCAAAGAAGUUCUGUGCUGCAAUUCAGUCUUGAUUAUAUCUACCUUUGUGAGGAUUCUUAAAAGGGCUUGAAGGAGAAAUGCUUUUUCUGGGCUGCUGUACUGUGAAAUAGCCCAGUGCCUGUUGAUGAGCUGAAUUUAGAGACCAUUUCUCUUCCACUUCUGAUUUCUCUGAGAAGCCAGUGAGACAAGACAAUGCUUUUGCUGAGCUUUAUUCUGAACUAGAGGGCUACGACACUGAACUCAAAUACAGCAUUUUCUCUUUUUCCUGAUGUCUUAUGCAGGUAAAUGAGAGUCCUUUGUGAUUCAUGUUCUGAAAAGUGCUUCACCCAAAGCACAUUUCCUGGCUGCAGAGAUGUAAUAAUCAAAGGUGGUCAGGUAUGAGGUGGAGGACAUAAUCUGAUCAUUAGAAUCUGAUCAUUUUCAUCCCUGAAAUAUUUUGCUAAAGAGUUCAUUGGUGAGAAGGUACAAAUACACCAUAGACAUAUCUGGAUAUUGGAUUUUUAAGACUUAAAAUUUUGAGUCAGAAGGCAAAUUGCUUUCAGAAUACCAAAGAGAAGGGGGAAAGUUACAAAGCCUUUAUAGCUCUGAUCUGUUCUUCCUUGAAAAGAAAUAAGGAACAUUAACACUGAGGUACAAGGCAAGGCCUGGGGUUCAUUAUUCAUUGCAUUGUAUGUUACACAUUAUCUUUUCAACUUCCUUAUCUCUGGGUAACAUCUUAAUUUAGCUCUCACUUUCCAAUCUGGUUCAACUGGAGGAACAAUAGAGUUCUUGGAGGAUUUUGUUUGGUUGGUUUAGGGUUGGGUUUACUUGUUAAUUUUCCUGUCUGUAAUUGUUUCUUGUUAAUAUCUCUUUUCUCCAUAGAAAUGAAUACAGUUUAAAUGCAAACACUGCUUUAUUUCUCCUCUCUAACUUGUUGGAAGUGUUCAGUUCUUUGAAAUGCUGGUGUUCUUCACAAGAGAGAUGUAAAAACACAGGACAUCUUAAAACAAUUUAUGUUGCUAAUGUGCUUGGAUUCCAAACAGAGCAAGAGAGAUAACGAAAACAGAAAAAAAACUUGCCUUAAACUACACUUGGGAUUAAACCUAAAACAUAAAUUUCCUUCAGUACAUUAUCAGAGCGUUUUGAAUUCUAGGAUGCAUUUUCUUAUUUCUUCUUUGGUUUUUUUCCCUCCUCCCCCCAAAAAAUCCAUUAUUUAGUAUGCAUUUCUGUGUCUGCUUUGACAAGGGUCAGGGUUGAUGAGGUUCAGCCCUCGUGCUCCAAGCAGAGUCAGCCACGAGUGGUGUUUCCCACAGCUGGAGUUCAGUUGUCAGGCUCGCAGAGACCACGGUCAAGUCUCUCAUACUGAGAGAUCAGUAGACUCGGUUAUUGAAAAUGGUUCUGGGUUCACAUGGAUUCUGAGUCUAAAAGGUGUGAAUUUAAACUUUUUUAAAAAGUAAUAGCUGCCAAUGCAGUCAAAUAUAUUUUCUAAGACUAUGAUCCCUAUAUGUCCCCUGCGGGAUGAAAUUUUAUUGUUUUUAAGCUAUGGUUUAAGGUUUUUAUACGAGGGCUUCAGGCGCUUCUUGGUCGCUGGUUCCACCCUGCAGCCCAGGGUGUGGGAGCGCUGAGAUGAGUGCUGGUCUCUCCCAGAGACAAACCAGGAAGCAUUUUAUAUGCAAAUCCAGCAGGAGCUUUGUGCACCCUGCAGGGAUGAGAGAAUUCAGAUGGAGGAGCACCUGCUGCUCCUACAUCCAUUGCAACUUCCACACCAUCAGAAUAUGGAAAAUAGCUGAUUUUCAUUCAGGCCGGUUAUGUUCGAGUUUUGCUCACAAGGUGAAAUCCUGUUUUGGAGGGUUCUCAUCUCCAACUCUAGACAUAAUAAAUCCCAUAGCAUCGUGAUGGCAGGUAAGAGGGUUCAAGGCCAGACAGUGCCUCAGCCACAUCAGAGGUACCUGGUAAAUAGAGUGGGUUCCAAGUAUUUGAGGAAAUGUACCAUAAAAGAAACAAAUGUGAAUUUUUUUAGUGCAACAGUACUUUCUGCUCUGGGUUUUCGUUCACUCUGUGUGUGCUAGCUCAGUAACUCCGUGUCCCACAGGUCUCACCUACAAAUCUGGUUGCACUAAAAUAACAAAGUGGAAUCUGGUGCUGCCAGCCUGUGGCAACUGUACCUACAGUCUUCCUGAGGGUUGCUGAAGUCCCCAGAAGAGUGAUUUUGUUUCACCAUUCAUUUAGCUGAUGCAUGCUUUUGAUAUUCUGACCUGUAACCCUGGCUACACCAAGUCCUUGGACAGCUUCCUUGCUCUGUUCCUGCAGUGCCUUCACUCAAGGUGCUGCCCCAUGGUGAAACCCCAAAGAGGGAAAAGCGGAAGCUGGAGGGAAAAAAAAAUGUGAAUUAAAUUAUUGUUGGGCUUCUUUGUGCAUUUUAGUACCAGUGAAACCCCCUUAACUGUGCCAGUCUCCAGUCACCAGCCGUAUAUCCAGUCAUCAUCUCAUCCACAGUACAGCUUCUCUUGUUGAUGCUGGCCACAGCUAGAUUACUUGGCAUGUUUAUUGACCUAACAGAAUUGGUUUUGGGUUUUGGUUUUGUUUUUUAAUGUAUACGAUGUUUAAAUACACUUCACAUUUUAUAUAAUACUAUCUGGCUAUUAGUAUUUUUCAGGAACCAUAGUUCUUGGUGGCUAUAUAUAUUUUUGUGACUUUUUUUGUAAACUAAGUGCCGUUUCAACGUUACAAUCAUUUUUAGAGUUAUUGUAAUCAAUGUGAAUAUCAUGUUUUUUCAAAUCUGUUCUGAGCCUGUAGUGUUUGCUUUGUGAUCAUAUGUGUAAUGUAUAUAUUCUGUAUAGUUACAUUGUAUUGAAAUACUAGCUUGUUUGAUAUAAGAAAAGUAUGUAUUGGGUAACUUUUUGCUAGCCUGGUUGUUUAAUCUUUAAAAAAAAAGUUCCAAAAUACAAAAAAAAAUAAAUCUCCAAACUGGUCCCAUUAUAGGUCAAAAUUAAGGGGGGAGAAAAACUAGUUUUGAGUGUCUUUGGAUAGAAACAUGAAGCUAAGAUUUUUCAUUAAAAUAUUAAUGUUUUAUGGAGUA